GCCAUUGGUAAUGUUGGCGAGGGGCGUCUCAGGUUCCUUAGGAGCCGGAAGAGGGCUAGGCGUGCUGAGGGUCUGGGUGCUCAUGUUUUGGAGCGCAAGCAUUGUCGCCGACUGUGGGGGAGUAUUUUCGCCCAGGAUGCUCUGGUGUGGACGGCGCACCGUAGGGCGGAUGAUGGGCGUCAGGCUAGGCCCUAGUCUCGGCGUGGCAACCAUGGCCUUCUCCUCUCGUUCGUCCCUUGACUCGACGAAGGGGUCACGGCCCCUCGAGGGUGUCGAAGGCCUGUCGAACUUCUCGGGAGAUCUGGGGGUAGAGAUGGCCGAGUCGCGGCCACCUUCGAUCAUGAGGCUGCGAUCUUUGACCGAGGUGGGCUGUAGAGACUGCAUGCGACGGUGGGUCGAGCCGCGCAGCAAGGACCUCUCGGGCGACGGGUCGGCGAUGCGCUUGGUGAGAUGUGGUACCAAGGCGCUCUCGCGUGCCUUCUCGGUCAGGGCGGCAUGGGCCGACUGGAUAGCAGUCGAAGUGCCGGCCCUCGAGACCACGGUGGGCGACUGUGGGUUGAGGGGCAGCGGGGGCGGUGCGCGUUCUGGAUCGGAGCUGUCCCACCUGCUCUGAGUUAGUAUGUGCUAGAUAAACGACAAAGACUAGCAUAUCGCGCACACCGUGACAACCUCGGGUGCAGGGGUUAAGGUAGACGGGGUGGCAUACAUUGGGACCAGGGCGCGACCAUGGUCUGAAGAGGCGGAAUGCUG